AUGCUUCUCCUUGGGCUCACCGGGUCCAUCGCCACGGGCAAGUCGACCGUGUCCUCGCUCCUCUCCAGCCCGCCACACAAACUCCCCAUCAUCGACGCCGACGUGCUCGCCCGCCAAGUCGUCGAGCCCGGUACACCCGGCUACGCCGCCAUCAUCGCCCACUUUGCCGCGACGACGCCUGACCUCCUCGUCGAGCCCUCAGCCAGCAUGCCUGUCUCCGGGCCGUCCGGCCGCGGACGCCCCCUCAACCGUCCAGCCCUAGGCAAGCGCGUCUUUGGCGAGACCGAGGCACUGCGGCGCGACCGCGCGGUGCUCAACGGCAUCGUACACCCGGCCGUUCGCCGGGCGCUGCUCGCGGCCGUGCUGCGGUGCUACGCGCGCGGCCACUGGGCCGUGGUUCUCGACGUGCCGCUGUUGUUCGAGGGCGGGCUAGACCGCUUCUGCGGCGUCACGGCCGUUGUCGCGGUCCGGGAUCCCGAAGUGCAGCUGCGGCGGCUGAUGGCGCGGGAUCCGCACCUCAGCUGCGAGGACGCGGAGAACCGCGUACGCAGCCAGGGCGAUGUGCGAGAGAAAGCAGCGCGGUGUGAGGCACGAGGUGAGGGAUACGGUGUGGUGCUGUGGAAUGAUGGCUCGCGCGAGGAGUUGGCGGAGCAGGUGCACGAGGCUGUGGCGCGGCUCAAGGCCGGGAGUCCGGUGUGGUGGUCGUGGACGCUGCUGGGGUGCCCGCCGCUGGCGCUGCUCGUGGCCGCGUACAGGGUCUGGCAGAAUGUGCGGCUGAAUCGGCAGUGGCAUGAGAGCAAGCGGGCGAGCAAGUUGUAG